AGAGAAUUUGUGUUUUGUGCUUUUGUGUCGCUGUCGCUCCAAGCUGAGUUAGCUGGGAAACGUCUGCGAACAGUGCGAAUCUGUCAGAAAGUGAUACGAAACCAAAACAAAAAUGUCCGCAAACAGCCCCAGGGUUGCUAAAACUCCUCUAGAAUUAUUAGAAAAUGUUACAACCAUAGAAAAACCAUUGUUAACCAUAUAUGGAAGCCCCAUAUGCUGUGGGAUUAUCGGAUUUUUAGGUGUUUUGAUCGCUAACUGGGCUACUCGUAGGCCAGUCAUGAGUGGAAUCCAGAAACACAUUAUUGCUACGGUUGGGAUGGCAGGAGUCGGCAAAGUGUUAGAUGAUUAUAGGACCCAAAAUUUGGCAGAGAGAGAUGCUGUGUUCAGGCACUAUAUUCAACUGCAUCCUGAAGAUUUUCCACCUUAUGAACGUGUGAAAUACAAGGACGUCUUGGAGAAAUGGUACCCAAUUAGAACUUAAAAAGAAGUGUUAUAUUAGUGCUUGAUAUAGGUAUCCUUUAUGUUGUAAAUAAAAAUACAUUAAAUACUUAUGCAGUUGUUUAUUAAUAUGUGGGCAAAAAUACAAUUAAGUAAUUAAC